CCCAGUUGGCACAGACAAAAGCCAUAAACAAGAAUUGAAUUGAAUUGAAUAAUUUAUAUUUAAUUCGUGUCUUAAAUGUCAGAUAAAUAGUCCAUACAUAAGUCCCAAAUUAUCUAUACCUUAUUAAAGUGACUCACUAAACCAUAUAACAUAGUACGGUAGUGAUCGAGCGAGAAGCGAGCUUUACUUCACUUUUUGGAUUUUAACACAAAGACUAAAAUUGUAUGUAUUAAAAUGAAUAGUGAAUGGUAUGACUUGAUAGGCCGACCUAAAUAUGUAGUUGCACCUAUGGUCGAUGCCAGUGAGCUGGCUUGGAGGUUAUUAAGUAGGAAACAUGGGGCUACACUUUGCUAUACGCCAAUGUUGCAUAGUACAGUUUUCACAAAGGACCCAAAAUAUCGAAAAGAAAACUUUACAACUUGCAGUGAAGAUCGCCCAUUGAUUGUUCAGUUCUGUGGUAAUAAUCCAGAAACAAUGGUUGCUGCCGCAAAAUAUGUUGAGAAAGAUUGUGAUGCUAUUGAUAUAAACCUUGGAUGUCCACAAUCAAUUGCUAAACGUGGCAGGUAUGGUUCUUUCCUUCAAGAUGAUUGGGAACUUUUAAGAAAAAUGGUAACUGCAAUGUCUGAAUCAGUUUCCGUGCCUAUAUCAUGCAAAGUUCGAAUUUUCGAAAGUGUAGAAAAAUCCAUACAAUAUGCAUUAAUGUUGCAAAAUGCAGGAUGCAAGUUAUUAACAGUUCAUGGCAGAACAAGGGAACAGAAGGGACCACUGACAGGUAUAGCACGUUGGCAGCACAUUAAAGCUAUUAGAGAAGCCGCAUGUAUUCCAGUGUUUGCAAAUGGAAAUAUACAGUGCUUGGAAGAUGUCCACAGGUGUUUAGAAUACACCAAAGUGGAUGGUGUAAUGAGUGCAGAAGGUAAUCUUACCAACCCUGCUAUCUUUGAAGGAAUCAAUGCAAUCACCUGGGAGGUUGCAUUGGAAUAUCUUGAUUUUGUACAGAAAUAUUCGUGUCCAUCAUCUUAUAUAAGAGGCCAUUUGUUUAAGAUUUUCCACAAAAUAUUUACAUUUGAAAGUAAUAACUGUGAAAGGCAAUUGUUAGCUACAGCUCAAUGUUUGGAUGACUUUAGACAAGUGUGCCUUAAAAUAAAGCUAACAUAUUUACCUUAUCACCAAGGACAAUUAACUUUUGAGAAUACUGAAGGCAUUACCAGAAAUGGAUGUAAUUUAAUAUUACCACCAUGGUUGUGCCAACCAUAUGUUAGGAUAUCUCCAGAAGAACACACACAGAAAAUGGAAAAUUUGUCUCGAAACCAGAAUGACGCUAAAAGAAGUCCCGAAGGUCUAGAUGGAAAUGUCAUAUCUAGAAAAAAAAUGAAGAAAAUCCGACGAAUAUUGAGAAGGCCGGUCAAACCAGAUGCUGAGCAAGCUGGCAGAACUAGCGAAAUUUGCGUUAAUAAUACUUGCCCUAAUCCUUUGGGUGGUAAAUGUGAAUACCGGCUUUGCAAAAAAUGUUGUAAAAAUAAAUGUUUUGAGGAGGACUUAGAUUGCAAAGGACAUAGAAUACUUGUGCAUAGUAGGCGUGAAAUGGCGAAAAAGUUUGCGCAUCAAAACGAAGUACAAUGUUUAGCAUAGAAUCUCCUCGUACGACACCCGUGGGAAGAGAAGGAGUAGGAGGACUCGGAGGAGAGAGUAGAGAGUAGGAGGCCGUCACUACUCGGUACGCAUAUUUAAAGUAACUUAGUAGAACUCCAGCCGCUUAAGAGGAUACCCUCUUCUAUCUAAAUACAAGAGAAUUAAAGGACGUUGUUUGUCGUAUAUUUUGAAGAAGGGCGUUUAACAAUUUAACGGUCAAAUAAUAGGUAUGGAAAGCUUCAGUCAGUGGCGUGAAUAGAGGGUAUGCACAGGGUAUGCAGGUGAUAUAAAAUGAAGAAAUUCUCCAGUACGAGUUAUAAAAAACUCAAGGAUAUUAAGUUUUUUAUAACUCUUACUGGAGAUUUUAGAUCUUUGAAUCGAGUUAUGAUUCGGAAAGGCAAAUAGGUUAUCA